CGGAACUUACGCGUCAAUAUAUGAUGGCAGAUGAACGAGUUCCAUCGCACUAGCGCUCUAACUUUAAAAUGAUUCUUAAUGGCUUUUAACUGAUAUUCUAAAGAAAAUCAGGGUGUAUUAUUUCCUCCUGUUUUGGGGUGGGAUUUCACCAUGGCCUGCCCACUGCUGGAGUUUGAGACCGAAAUGUUUUUGAGCCUGUUCGGCUGUGACGGGCUGCUCGUCGUGGCGGAGGGGAUGGGGAUAGACCGCAUCUUGCUACAGUUCAUGCGGGUGUACUCGGAGCAAGGCAGCCUGGUUCUACUUCUUAACACCACCACCCCCGAACAGGAGUAUUUUACGGAGCAGUUGCGGGUGGAGGGUGUGACCCACUUGCCGAGGACGGUGACCAGCGAGGUCCAAGGUACCGAGCGAUACAAUGUGUACACCGAGGGAGGAGUGCUAUUUGUCACCAGCAGAAUCUUGGUGGUCGACUUCCUCACCGACCGCAUACCAGCCCAUCUUAUAUCAGGCAUCCUGGUGUACCGUGCUCACAAAAUCAUCGAGUCGUGUCAGGAAGCAUUCAUCCUGCGACUGUUCCGACAGAAGAACAAAACAGGCUUCAUCAAAGCCUUUACCGACAAAGCCACAUCCUUUUCCUCAGGCUUCUGCCAAGUGGAGCGUGUGAUGAGGAACCUCUUUGUCAAGAAGCUCUACCUUUGGCCCAGGUUCCAAGCAUCAGUGAACACAGCCCUAGACAGACACAAGCCGGACGUGGUGGAACUCCAUGUCUCACUGACGCCUUCAAUGAGGGCCAUUCAGAGUUCUAUCUUGGACAUCAUGGGCGCCUGUCUGAAGGAGCUAAAACGCUACAAUCCUACCUUGGAGGCGGAGGAUCUCUCUUUGGAGAACACACUUAGCAAUGCAUUUGAUAAGACCAUCCGCCAUUAUCUGGACCCCUUGUGGCAUCAGCUGGGAUCAAAGACAAAGGCGCUGGUCCAGGACCUGAAGCUCCUAAGAGUUCUGCUGCUGUACCUCACCCAGUACGACUGUGUCACAUUCCUCAAUCUGCUUGAAUCCCUUCGCUCCAGCCAAAAAAACUUUGGCUCCAACUCAGGGUGGCUCUUCUUGGACUCCAGUACCUCAAUGUUUGUAAAUGCCAGGUCCAGAGUAUACCACUUCCCGGAAAGCAAGAAUAAACUUAAAGUGGGAGCUGAAACAGAAAAAAAACAGUCACCCUCCACUUCAGCGGUGAAGCGGGUGUUGGUGCUGGAGAAGAGCCCAAAAUGGGAGGCUCUCUCUGAAGUCCUGCAGGAGAUUGAGAAGGAGAACAAGAACUCCCAGUAUGAACCAGGUCGCGUGUUGAUCUGCGCCAGCGAUGACAGGACUUGUGCUCAACUGCAGCAGUAUAUCAGGCACGGUGCAGAGUGGCUCCUGAACAGACUGUACACACGCACCAUUGCCAAACGAGACCCGUCGGCCGCCUCUGCUUUUGAGUUGGGAAAUAACAAAAAAGACAAGGGCUUUCUCGGAGGCGGGUCCAAGGGAAAGGGCCGAGGGAUCACAAAAGGGAAGGGGCCCAAAAAAAAGGCGAGCAAGCCUAAAGGCAGACCCUCUCUGACCUUGACUCAGAUGAUUGGCAAAGAGGAGACCGUUGAAGCUGCGGUGAUGGGCAGCAGUGAGGAUGAUGAUGAGUUUGGCGAUGAAGAUGACAUGGGAGAGGAAAAUGCUCUGAAGCUGGACUUGUCAUCUGACGCUUACUACGCAGUACUGAAAGAGCCCCUGAUGGUCAUUCACCCCCUGAAGGGUUGCACAGACCCCCACAGCCUGACCCGGGUGUUACAUGAAGUGGAACCCACAUUUGUGGUGCUUUACGACGCUGAACUCAGCUUCGUGCGGCAGCUGGAGGUUUACAAAGCCUGUCGACCUGGGAAGGCACUUAGAGUGUACUUUCUCAUCUAUGGCGGCUCAACAGAGGAGCAGAAAUACCUGACCGGGCUAUCCAAGGAGAAGAAAGCCUUUGAACAUCUCAUUAAGGAAAAGGCUUCUAUGGUCAUCCCAGAGGAGCGAGAGGGCCGAGAAGACACCAACUUGGACCUUGCCAGGAAUUUAGACCCUGCCAAUGCUACCACCAACACUCGCAAAGCUGGAGGUCAAGACCAGCCUAAGGAGCCCUCUCGAGUCAUUGUAGACAUGCGCGAGUUCCGCAGUGAGCUUCCCUCUCUGCUCCACCGUCGUGGGCUUGACAUCGAGCCUGUCACUUUGGAAGUCGGGGACUACAUCCUUACGCCAGAUAUUUGCGUGGAGCGCAAGAGUGUCAGUGAUCUGAUUGGCUCAUUGCAGAGUGGUCGCCUGUACACGCAGUGCCUCUCCAUGAAUCGCUAUUACAGGAAACCUGUGUUGCUCAUCGAGUUUGACCCUGCAAAGCCCUUUUCUCUAAUGGCUCGCUCCGAAUUCCGGCACGAGAUAUCAGUCAACGAUGUUUCCUCCAAACUCACCUUGCUGACGUUGCAUUUCCCGCGUCUCCGCAUCCUCUGGUGCCCUUCGCCGUACGCCACUGGUGAGCUUUUUCUGGAGCUAAAGAAAGGUCGCAAAGAACCAGACGCCGUGGCGGCUCAAGCGGUCACGGCAGAGUCUGACGUGGUGGCUGAAUCGACAGAGCUCUAUAACGCCGGGCCGCACGACUUCUUGCUCAAGAUGCCAGGCGUCAACACAAAAAACUUUCGAGCCCUCAUAAAAAAUGCUGAAAGCUUGGCAGAUCUAGCCAAACUGAGCCAGGACAAGCUAGUAGAAAUACUUGAGAAUGCCAGUAACGCCAAGUUGCUUUAUGAGUUCUUGCAUAAUAUUGCAAAUGUUCAAAUUCCACCACAAAAGGGGAAAAAAAACACAAAUUUAAUAUAGACUUUUAAAAAUAUUUGUUUCAAUUAACAGUGUAAAGUAUUUUUGUGAAUGUACAGAUUUAACUGAGUAUUACGUAGUAUUACACUAGAAUUUUUUUAAAGCCAUGACAAAAUCUAUUUUUUUACAUUAACUAUUUUGUGUCUUAUUGUAAAAUAAAUUGAUACAGUGCAAACAAGUAAAAUAUAUGUGAAAUAUUGCUUUUGUCUUGCAUGCAUGUUUUUGGGGAUUUGGGAGAAAGGUUGCGUUUGAAUAUUCAGGAGUUUAAAAAUGCAUUAUUAUAUAGUAAUUUAUGAAUUAAUUUCAUCCAUCCAUUUUCUACUGCUUGUCCUUGGUACCACGAGAGAGUUGUUUAAUCACCGCUUCAGACAAAAAAAAAAAAAAACAGGAUCACAACUGUAGUUGUUUGAGAGGAGCACGUCUUGACUACUGUUAAGGUACCAUUGAGCAAGGCAUUUCCUCUGCACUGCCAAAACCAGUACAAGAGGUGCAGCACUGUUUGUGUGCACCUUUCACUCAGACCUCUUCCAUGUCUGUGGUUGUGUAAUCUAGUUUGUGUGGUGUGAUCAAAAAAUAAAUUCCAUAUAUAUACUGCAGUGUAAUAUGAUUAGCACAAUGAAAAGAAAGUAUUGUAAAAUCCGGUAGUUAAAAGGAAUUGCAGAGGCAAUGUUUUUAUUGCAUGUUUAUCAAACUUAUUGAGAACUAUUUUUAUCUUAGUUUACCCAUUCAGAGACUUUGCUUAGCAAAAUUAUCCAAAUCCUUGGAAUUUCUGCCUCGACGUACAUAUUGUCAGUUUUCUGUAGUCCUUCAUGAAAGCAGACUGAUUAUCUUUUAUUCAUAAAACUAAGAGAUUUGCAAACAUCUGCUUUUACUAUGGAAUACAGUGAUCAACAAAGCCAAUUUUGACAUAUAGCAAACCAAACCAAUAACUGAAUCAUAAUUAUUUCAUGUUUGUGAAUUCUCUGGA